GAUUGUACGUCACUGGUGACAUGGCAACGAUGGAGGCUAGUCCGGAAUCAACAGCGAAUACACUGCUGAAAGAUGAGUGCUAUACUGAUUUCCUUAAAGAGGGUUUUGAUGUGAAGACGUACACAGCUCAAGCCAUUCAUCAUGCUGUCAUUGCAGAGCAGCUGGCAAAGCUGGCAGUGGAUCAGACAAACACCUGUCAGAUGAGACAAACACCUGUCGAGAUGAGACAAACACCUGUCAGGUGUCUAACAAAUGAUGCAGACCAGAAUCGUUGCUCUCCACAGUGCUGUGGACAGGAUAAGGACCAAAAUUGUUGACCCUUACAAUAAGAUUGUGGCACGGACAGCCCAGCUCGCCUGCUUACAGUGACCUUCAAAAUUAAUUUCUGGCAAGUUCCACAAGCAGAACAAUGAACAACAAAUAAAAAAGUCUGUAUUGCCUGUGUGCCAUAGUUCAUAUCUUCUGAAGCUUGCAUGAUCUACUUUUACUGUGCUUUUUGUUCUCUGUAACUUGACAGAUGUGGUCACUGUGUAUUGUCAUGGUUAAAAAAAAAAGAGUUCAAAACAUCUAUUUUGGCUAAAGGAAAGUCAUUUGUGCACCUGCUAGUAUCUUUGUGUGGCAAGGCAAGAAAAUGCAUGCUUUUAUCAUGUUCACUUUCUGCCCCCCGGCUCACAUGAUGCCAUCAUGAGUGUCUGAAUCUGCAGAAAAGAAAAAAAAAAUCAAUAAAAGUCAAUUUGGAUCUGGUCUCUCUCACAGUCUAUCAGUCGCACACAUGAAUACCCACAGCUGUCCCGCUCUACACGUCUUGUGGAUUUACAGGGUCUUCGGUCCUGGUUUUUAGUGGCUUUGGGGAAUUGUUAUUAAAUAUGAAUGGAAUACAGUUAUGGAAAGGUCACUGUGGUUAUGAAAUGCUCCCCUUUACUCUCAAAACCCCUUUCUGCUCUUUUCUUGUGCAGUUUUAUUGAAGUGUGAAAACACAUUUGCAUUUUUGUGUUUGCUAAUCAGCGUAGCACCAGGAUGAUCCCUCAGUGGUUUGAUCAUGAUUUUGCAUGCAGCGAUAUAAAGGAAAUAUAUUUUUAAAGGAGAGCAGGGCAUGUUGUCACAGUAUUUAUGUGGAUAGUCUUUUUAUUUUUUCAAUUCUUUGAUAUUUUUUAAAUAUUGGCAGAUAUGUUAAGGUCUUAAAAAGAUAAUAAUAUGAAUCCAGGAAUUGCACUAGUGUUAUUGUACAUAUUGUUUGAUGAGCACGAGCAAGUUGUCAUCAAUAUUGAAACCUAUAAAUGAAUACAUUUCUUUGAAACAUGAAAACAUCUAGUCUGUGUGAGAAUCUGUUCUUCACCAGUGUGCUUGAAUUAUUAGUGGUGAUUGCAAAGGCAUGCAUCUGUAUUGUGCAUAAAUUUUUUUUUAAACAUGAAACAUUGCUCUAAUCUACUUCUCGUACUAUUUAUUGUUGUGUUUGACUAUAUCUGAUGGCACAAAUCGCUUCAGAAGUGUGAGACUUUGUUCAUUCCAUGUUGUUUUUGUGUCUGGGUUUGUCCUGUCCUUGCCUUUAGCAACAUAUUUUUAUAAUUUAUUUUUAUUCCUAGUAAGAAUAAGACCAGACCUGAUGAUGGGGACACAGCUGACACACACUUUUAUUUCUUUCUGUUAUCCUUUUUUAAUUUUUCUGUCACAAUAUCUGACGCACUGUCACCCCAGGACAAAGCAAUCAGUUUCAGACACACACAAAAUCAGAUGCACGUACCUUUGGGACAGUUCAGCGGCACCUAUUCACUGAAAACCAAAAAAGACUGACCUCCACGAGUCCUUCAUCCACCUGCUGUCUGCCCACAGGCUUUAUCUGGCUCAGUUGCAUGAUUUAAACAAAGAAAAACUCACUGCUUUACAAGCAUUACAUUUUUAUUUUUUAUAAUACAGUGUCUGUUGGCUGUUAGUGUGUGAACUAAAUGUUUAUUCAUGCUUGUUUGUAGUAUUUUCUGUGUGUGAAAUGCAUUGAUGAUUAAUUGAUAGCAUGUUCUAGUGUCAAAACAAUCCUGUUAGAUGAUGCACAUCCUUCUCCUUAAUUAUAAUAUAAUUAAUAAUAAUUCUGCAUUCAGCAAAGAUUGCUGUGAGGGGGAAAAUGCUGUUAUACUAGUCAAAGACCCUUAAAAAGGCCCCAAAUUGGUCUUUAGAUGUAGAUCUGGUCCCUCCUUCAAUUUAGGUCUAUGUUUCAUCUAUUACUAGUCUUCCAGACAAAAAUGAUAAGUUUGAUUAGUAACACCACACUUUUAAUUUAAAGGGAUAGUUCACCCAGAAGUGAACUGUCAUCAUUUAUUCACCUCAAGUUUUUCCAAACCUGUAUGAGUUUCUUUGAAGAAAAAAGGGUAACCAAACAGCUGCUGGUGGCCAUUGACUUCAAUAGUAUUUUUCCAUACUAAGUCAAUGGUUACCAUCUAUUUUUUCUUCUUCUUACCAAAUGGUCUUCUUUUGUGGGUAAACUAUCCCUUUAAAAAGCCACACUACAUAUCCUUAUUUUCUUUUUUUUUUUAGCACAAAAUGUGUGUUACAAUGGAUUAUAAUCAUAUAUGUGACCCUGAAGCACAAAACCAGUCUUAAGUAGCUGGGGUAUAUUUUUAGCAAUAGCCAAAUAAGCCUU